AUGGAUGGGCUUAAUCAGCAAGAUAGCGACGCGCAACAAGCCGAGAAAGAUUUUGUGGAGACGAUGGGCUCUUCUUUACAUUCUCGAUCGUCAGAGAAAGAAAGUUACGGCACUGGUAACUAUCGACGUAAGAGCGAAAGUAAAUUACUUACGGAGGGUCAAACGGCAAGAAAAGGAGUGUCAGCGUCCGAUGCGAUGACGAUGCCGUGGCUCUACCGACUGGAAAAAGAGCUGGCUGUACUGACAGCUGAGAUGGCAGUGACGCUAGUGAGUGGAGACCCGUAUUUUACUUACCAGGGCGACCACGGUACCACGAAACUUUCAGCUCGUUGGCUAACGAGCUCGUUACUCAGAGGUGGCUUGAACGCCAAGUACCUGACGCAAAACAUCACACAAACGGACCCACAGCGGUCGCAACAGGGUCGAACGGUUAAACACACGCCGUUCCCAGUACUGGCAGCACCUCUGGGACUUAAUACUCCACCGUUCUCGUUAAUACUCCCUCCAGCGUCGGAAAACGACGAUAUUACCCCAGACUGGCAACAACCUACGGAUAUAAACUACGGAGAGAUAUUCCGACCUGCUUCCGUUCACAAAUUCCUGAUUUUGCUUCAACAAGGAACAAAUUCCGAGACCCAAAACGAAGUGAAGUUGUGUGACUGGGUGCGAGAUAGCUACGCGAAGAAAGACCCGUCAUAUCGAAUGAUCUUGCGACAGUCUCAACUCUCCAAGGCUUCGACGCACUCAGUAAAUGACACGCAGAUAGAGGCGGCGUGCUUCGCAGCACUUCUUCAUCACAAUAUGCUCGGCACUCAGGCGUAUCACUUCGCUUUGGAUUUUAGAAAUACGACGCAGAAUCGCUCUCCCCCUCGAAGUUUCAUGCGUUUGUGGCAGUUUGUAGCUCAGCUGCGACGACGUGUGGCCACUAAGAAGACGGAGAUCAAGAAUCUUCCUCCAAAAGUCUCGCAAUUAAUCACAUUGGAUCGCAUUUCCGAUCGACAACAAACGAUUUCCGAUCGACAAAGAAACUCAUCGUUCAAGAUGUCCAAGAAGCGCAGAUCACAUGAAUCAUCAGCUGGCGCCGAGACAUAG